AUGGCCGACGCCACGUCCAAGAAGCCUUCUUCCCGUGCCGCCCACCGGCGCGGGACGCUGGUGCUGCUGCUGCUAUUCGGCGCGUUCCUAGCAGCUCCCGGCGGCCGCUUUGAGAGCUUCGCCCUUCCAGGACUGUCGCAAGUCGGAGGGCUCCCUGCGAGGUGGUUCGGGGAUUCCAUUCUUUGCGUCGACUGCGCAGCCCAGCUUCCACCCAGCCUGGGCGAGAGUUUGGUCCGUUCUUGCCGAGAGCUUCAGGCACAAAGUAGGGGCCGGAAGGUCAGCAACAACGGCGGCUGGCAGAGCCAGGAUCUGCCUCUGGACGACAACUUGGGCACGCUCCUGGAUGUGGUGCAAGGCCCGGCCAAGGAAUAUCUUGACACCAUGGGCUGGCGCUAUCCAGACGAGGAGCCCAUCGGCGACGGUGGGCUGGAGAUUGCAAUCGUGGCAGACAGGCUAUGGGCGAAUAUCAAUCGUCCCGGAGACUGGAAUUCACGGCACACGCACGGCAGACCCACCGAUUCGCUCUUCGCUGCGGCUGUGUACUAUCCGCAGGUUUCGCCAAGGACCAGUGCGGCGAGGCCGGCGCGGCUUCUGAUCUACCCACGCAACAGCGACCCAGUACCCGUCACACCGGCAACGGGCCUUCUGGUGCUCUUUCCCGUGGACAUGCCCCACGAGGUUGAAGCUUCUCCACGCGGAGCCGAUGAGCGUGUUUCCUAUGCGUUCAACCUCGAAGCGCGCUGGCUGCCCGGUCCUUUGCUGCAAGCGGCCUUCCGAGGUGAUGCCGACAAGGUCUCGACUUUGGCAGCCAGAGACCCUGCGGCCCGGGAUGCCCUCCUUGGCCGCUCCGCCGCGCAGCUCGCGGCGGAGCAGGGCCAUGUUGCGGUGCUGGAGGCGCUCGUGUCGGCCAAAGCUGAGCUUUCUGCCCUCGAGGCGGAGGAGUCUCCUCUAGCACUGGCGGCCGGGAAAGGCCACAAGGAUGCUGUUGUCUUCCUGCAAGACACUUCAAGCCACCAUGGUCCAGCGCUGGGGGCAGCUUUGGCAUCCGCUGCGGAGCGCGGCCAUGUUUCCGUGGUGGCGCAGCUUCUACUCGGCCACUGGGCCAACGUCGAAGCCGGAGCUACGCGAGCACUUGCCGCUGCGGCGCGCGCCGGCCACGCCACGCUGGUGCAGCAUUUGCUGGAUGCUGGCGUGCCUGCGGAUGGGCCGGAGCUGAGGCAGGCGGCCAACGAAGCGGCCACGCGCGACCACGCCGAGGUUGUGGCGCUGCUCGCAGAUGCAGGUGUGGAUUUCACAGUGGAAGACCGUAACGGCAAGACACCUUUGAUGAAUGCUGCUGCGGGUGGUCACAGCGAAGUGGUGAAGCUGCUCCUUCGCAACUGCGGCUGCAGCGCCGACGCCCGGGAUAGGCAGGGUGCCACUGCAAUGCACUGGGCCGCAUGGCGGGGACACCGCGGUGGCGGUAGCAAGACGAACGGCCAGGAAGAAGCGGAAAGACUCUGA